GUGACCUGACUAGCACAAUUGUAUAGGAACAUGGCGACAUGACUUGCAUGGAAAUAAACUAGCAUGGAUUUCGAUUUCUUCUUAGCGUAUUGUGUCUUCGUCUCGGUGAUACCCCAUGUCCAUCUUCUUGUUCCACCAAAGACUCCAGUUUUGUCUGGGUUUGAACCUGCUGCUAUUGGAUCAUACCGUGAACUCGUAUGCGAUGCGUCUCAACCUGAUGCGGGGACCAUCACGUAUAAAUGGUACAAAUACUCAAUUGAUAAUAGUGGUGUAGUAGAGAACUGGGAAGCUAGAGGCCCAAUUAGUACAAGUCAGAAGUAUGUCUUUAGUCCAGUGACAGCCAGGAAAGACUUUCAUGGUGUAGCUCAGGAGCCUGUCAGUGGGAAGUACAUAUGUCGAGCGACGAAUUUUGUGUGGACAAGAGACAGUGAAUGGGGAGAUUUGUAUGUUUAUACACCAUGCUCGUUGUAUGAUGUCAGUGUCUCACCACUCAAACCUGCUAUCGGAAGUACAUUCACUCUCAACUGUUACAUACCGAAUCCAAGUGGAUCAACCGUGAUUUGGUUUAAGAAGACAGGCGCUUCAUCUGCAGCUAUAGAUGUAGCAGUAGCAAACAGCAAGGGAUGUCAUCUUUCAAGAAACCUACGAUACAAUUGGAGCAGUUGCAUUCCUCCAAGCAUUUUAUCGCCGACACACACCUUCAACCUACAAGUAACCAAUGCUCAGCCUGCAGAUUUUGCAUACUGGAUUUGUAGGGAUAUUGGACUAAGCUGCGCAAGUAAACCAGUAAAGCCAGUUGUGCAAGCACCCCCAGGGACACCCCAGAUCACCGGCUUUCCGUCGGGGCCAGUGACGGUUGGACCGCAACUCAACUUAAAGUGUGUGGCUUCGCCUCCUGGAGACACUUACGACUGGUACAAAGAUGGUACAAAAGUUACCACAUCAUUAAGUUACGAUUUCCUAGUGACGAAGGAGAGUGCUGGCGUCUACAAGUGCGUGGCGAGGAAUGCUGUUGGGACAGCCACAAGCAGUGACAAGACAUUGGUCGUUUAUUAUAAACCAGAUUCUGUCGUCGUCUCAUCUGGUAAGACCUCAUCCUACGUUGGUGAGAAAGACAUAUUCACCUGCACCGUCUCUGGAGGCAACCCUACCCCCACUGUAAAGCUAUACUUCAAGAGGUCAGGUGGUACACCGGUAGAGGUCAUCCAAGGUCAGGAGAGGGUCAUGGCUAAAGAAAACAACAAAGCUGAGUAUUACUGCGAAGCCAAGGUCGCUGGAUAUCCCGCUUUGGACAUGACUUCAAGAAGGAAGACUUACAGUGUAACAUUCGCCCAUACCAAGGUUUUCUUCAAUAACCCGACCGCAUCUGUCCAGGUUGGUCAAGUGAAGAAGUUCACGUGUGAGACGGAUGGAAGUAACCCAAUUACUAAUAUGAAGUGGUAUCAGUAUAUGGACUCAUCAUGGCGGAUCAUCACCUCCAGAAUAUCAUCCUCAGUGAGGAACGGUGUGUAUGGCGGGAAGAUCAGGAUCAGUGACUGGUCUGUGACAGCGACCAAAGCCAUGAAUGGUGCAAUAGUGAGAUGCAGAGCGACCUACUCUAUGACAGGACAUGAAGUGAGUCGUAAUGCUGACUCUACAAUGUUUGUUAAAUUCAACCCUAACAAAAUAACAAUGUUACAAAGACCACUGACAUCCAUCCACGAGGGCAAGCUGUUCACAAUUGUCUGUGAGACAGACAGCGCCAACCCAGUGGCCAACAUCCAGUUCUACCGGAAGAGAACAGGAGGAACCUGGGAGAAACUGACCUCUUGGAUUACACCAGAGGACAGAGCGGGGGAGUACAAUGGCAUGAUUAGAAAGAGUACAUUGACUGUGACAGCAAACCGGUUGGACAACUUGGCUGUGUUUAAAUGUGAAGUGAAAGAAGGCUCAUUUUUUCCGGUGGAACAAACAACCACAGUGAAUGUAUAUUACCCACCGAGCAUCACUUUAUCAUCAUCUCUGAAUCCCGCAAGUGAAGGUGACACACUCACCUUGACUUGUAAAGCAAGUGGUGGAAACCCGACAUCGUACACUUACAAGUGGUUUUAUAAGAGCAAGGAGAUACUUAAUGUAACAUCAAAAGAUUACAAGAUCGUAUCAAUACCGUACACACAGAGUGGGAUGUACCGUUGUCAGGCGAUCAACUAUUCACCAGGCGGUGCAGCUGAUGGGGGGUAUUAUCAUAUGCAUAUAUUUUAUAGAGCCAAAUGGAAUCCUGAACUGCCAGAAUCCAAUACUGUCCGAGGCAAAGUAAAUACAGCAGUAAACCUUACACUCCAUGUCAUCGCCAACCCAUCUCCCACCAAUGUCGCGUGGUUCCACCCGAAUCAGAAGACAGCCAUUGGUGAAAACUUCACCCAAACUAAUGUUGACGAUACAACAUACACGUUGAGCAAGACAUCCGUGAAAAGUUCGGACUAUGGAAAUUACACGGUCAAUGUGACAAAUGCGGUUGGAGUUUCAUCCUUUGUUUUUGAACUAAAACCAUCUGAACCGCCGCAGACACCAUGCUGCUUAGGGAAAGUAAAUUCUUCAGCCAUAUCAGUGACUCUUACCUUUAAGACAAACGACAACGGCGGAACACCUCAGACAUUUACCAUCGAGCACAGAGAACCUGGCGGAGAUUGGAUCGUUGUUGCCAAGAACAUAGCCGACCCAGGUUUUAACAGUGAUGUGGUCCAGAAGAUAGCAGGAUUGAAGAUUAACCUGAUGUAUCAAUUUCGAGUUAAAGCAGUCAAUGACGAUGGUGACAGUGGCUAUGGAAAUAUACUUGAAGUUAAGACACCAGCUGCCCCAAACACCACGAUCACGGUCAACCGUGAAGGAAGGAUCGUGACUGUUUCAUGGACAGCCCUGAAACGAUCAUACUCAAAGGUCCAGAUCAAAUACUGUCUGAGAGAGAAAUCGUCUAUGGCGUGUAGCUAUCACUACUUGAAAGAUCAAACAGCAACCACAGCAAGUUUUAUUGUGGACGCAAUAGCGAGUUAUGAUGUCUAUUUGGAGGUGUUUGAUGGGGUUGACAUGGUUUACCGUUCUGCACCACAUGUUGUUCUAAUUCCUUCUGGUAUCAAUGUGGGGAUUAUAGCUGGUGUGGUUGUGGCUGUGGUCAUCCUGAUAGCUGUGGUCGGGGCGGUAGUUGUCGUGCUACACAGGAGGAACAAGGCGUGCUUUUCAGUCCGAAACAAACGCGGAGCUGCAGCAAUGGAUAGUGGUGUUGGUGGCGGACCAGAUGCUGUUGCCCAUGACCCAUUUGAUAUGAACUUCGAUAACAGGGCAUUUCAAGGUGAAAAUGCCUCAGUCGAUCCAUUCUACGAGAAUGAUCAUAGACAGCUGCCAAAAAGAGGAGAUGCCGAUACCCGAGUUGACGAGGCAGCGUAUGAUGAACCUCACCACGAAGAAGACCCGCAGCGUGUCCAAGGAGAUGCCGAUACCCGAGUUGACGAGGCAGCGUAUGAUGAACCUCACCACGAAGAAGACCCGCAGCGUGUCCAAGAGGUAAUCUACGACGAAACAAGACCAAUCCCUGGGUCAGAUGGUGGUAAUCCCCCAAAGAAAUUUGAAGAUAUUUCAGUUGAUGAUUUCAAGCAGUGGCUCCUUUCCAAAGACGUGACAGAAUCCACCUACAAAUGUCUGGCGAAGAAUGGAUUCAAGAAGGCCAACCUUUUUGCCAUGCUGCAGCCAGGACAUAUCGAGAAACUGCGAAUCAAACCCCUGGCUCAAGAAGUCCUUGUACAGAAACUGGUCAAGGGUUUUCAACAGGAGUCUGAAUCCGAAAGCAGCAAGAGGGAGAAGCCAGCUGGCGAUGGAGAUGGAGAAGGAGGCGCUUAUGAGGAAAUGGAAAACCCAUAUACCGAGUUGAAUAUCACGAUAAGUUAAAGAAGUACGUUUUGUUGUUUCACUAACAAUUUCUUCAGGGUCAUUGCAACCAUUCUUGGGACGCCUAAUCAGUCCUGUGGCCCUGUGAGUGAAGCGGGUGAAUUGUGACUAACAGACUUUCAAUCCGCCUUUUAGAUCGGGGUUGCCAAGUUGAAAAUAUAGUAUUGAGUAACCAUGUUGACGGCUCCGACCAAAAGAAAUAUACGCGGACUAAAAAAAUGCAGAGUCCAAUAUCAUUUCUGCUCAUAACCCUGAUCUGCCAAGAAGUAUAAGGGUCGCAAGAAUGGCUAGGUCGCCAAACUGAGCAAAUCCAGAAAGUGCUGAACUGCGAGGCCUGCCUUGCUCAAACAGAGAUAAACAUACAUUAUAUCAUUACCUGCAGUAUACCCAGGAUUGCCUUGUACAAAUAGAUGUGCAUCUAGAAAAGGAAUAGCCUGUUUUCAGCAGGGUUAAAAUGCAAUUUUAAAAUAUCUCCUGAUUCAUCCACUUCCAUUAUCACGAUGUAUUUUGAAUUGAUUUUUUAAAUAUUUAUUUUGUCUUGUAGUUUUUGCAAGGUGGACCUGUGUUUAUUUUGUGUGAUAAAGGCUAUGUAAUAAUAACGAUCACAAUGCUUGUAAUCAUAAAUAGAGAAGGAUUCUAACCUCUCCAGUAGACAGAAGGUCUUCUGUUUUUGGCCAGAUGAGGAACAUCUUGGGAGGAGAAUAUCACUCAUCUUUAUCAAUAGUGUAAGUUAUAAGUAAGAAUCAGUGAUUGUAGAGGAAUGCUAUCAAUAUCAUAACCAGCGAUUACCGGUUUUUCUUGCAGACCAGAGAUAUUUUUGUCACCAUAGCAGCGAUUAAAAUCGUUUGGGUGUAUAGGGCGCUUUGCACCAUACCUCGUUUGCAAUGUAGCUCUGUUCAGUUCUGUAUUGUUUAGCCUACACAUUUUCAUGUGUAGUGUACUGCAAUGCAUGCAGACAUAUCUGUAUAAUGUUCUACAUGUAUAACAAUGUACAUGAACGAGUUUUUCACUAGCUGGUGAGCACAUAUAGGUGAACUGGAGGCUGCAAAGUCAACGUCUGAUAAAUAAUUGAAGAUAAUCUCUGUGAUAUUAUUCAGAAUGCUCUUAACUAUCCAAGAGUGCCAAGGUUACAUGUACAUUUGGAGAAUCAUUGUUCUUGUAAAAUUGGACGAGUCUUCGAUAUCAUUUCCCAACAUGAAUCUGUAUGUAUAGUGAGCAUGUACAUGUAUAUCCAUGUGACAGUGGUCAAAACAAAAUGCUGCACGCAUGUAUAUAUAAUCAGUGUGUUUUUAGGUUUUCAAGUUGUCCAGCGAUGUUCAUCACAAUACGGACAACGGUGAAGCGGUCAACUCCUCCCUCUGCUUUGAUGGAAAGGACGCACAGUUUAUAUGACAACCAUUCAAAGCAAAAUAUUUUCAAAUUUGUUGAACACACCACCUCUCUCUAAUACAUACUUAUUAUCAUUUUAUUUGCUCUCUCGCGUCAUUUACUGCCGCCAUUUUACUGAUCACGGCACAUCAUACGUGAAAUCGGAACCGAAAAGCCAACGGAAACUCCCGAGGUACAAACUCGCCAGCAUAUUCACCUUUGAUACCUGUCCUCUGGCCAAUCAUGACUUUGUUCAUUUUAGUUGUCAACAGACAGACACGAGGACGGGUAGUCCUGUUUGUAAAUAAUACGUCCAGCACACUUCGCCCAUUAUAUUCUGCAUGUAUAUACACAUAUAUCUCAGCACAAGUUCUUAUUGUACGACUUUAAAAAAAGUAAA